CGUGGUUCUGCUCCUUGUCCCUGCAUAUACGUUCGUCGGGAUGAGCUGCUGGGCCUGAGUCCCCCAACACCAGACGUUCGUCCAUCCUCAGGGAACAUGGGCCCGUGGGUUGGCCUAGUGUUCUAACUGGAUGUUCGUCUAGCAAAAUGGGUUAGUGGGCCGGACCUCGGCUUGGGCCCUUAACCCAACACAAGUCCCCCACUUCUGAUGUUCUGAGCAUGCGCAGGACAUAAGGAAGUAUGAACCUCCCCGAAGUGGACGUCCGUAUCUUGGUACUUGUGUUUAUUGCACCUGGUGGAAGCGUGCGUUCGUGGUCAUGGUGCUUGACAGCCGUUGACGGUCCAGGAAACGAGGUGACGGCUGAUGUUGCGGCGGCGCAUUUUCCCGAGGAAGUGUCAUCAUUACGUUUCCAUCCCACGCACAGCGCGUGGGCCGGAAUACGCUCCUUGCCACGUGUCAGCCCCUCAUUCGUUUCUUCAUCGGUGUUUCUCCUAUAAAUGCUGGGUUUUCCCUCUGAAUUAGGGUUCCCAAUUUCUGCUUUCUUGCUCUCGAUUUUCUGCAGCUCUUCAAGUUUCCUGAAUCCAAGCUCGGCUAACUCCUUGCUAAGGUAAUUUCCACCCCCUGCUUCUUUCCUUUGUCUUGAAUUCUUGCCGAGAUGGUUUCGAUGGAGAUCUCAUCGAGUUCUGGUUCGGGUUCAUCGGGUUCUUCUUCGGGUUCAUCGGGUUCUUCUUCGGGCUCCUCCUCUGACUCCGGUUCACGCUCUUCGGGUGAGACUAGCACUUCCGGGAGUUCCGGUUCAGCCUCUACCGUGGGAACGGUCCAGGCCGGGGAUGCCCAAGAUGUGGUUGCUGUGGUGGUUCCUGGUGAAGAAGGUGCCGACUUGGGGGGGCAAGGGAAUAUGGCCCUCGAUGUUGUGGAUCCUGUGGCUGAAGCCGGGGAACAGGAGCCCGCUGGUGAGGACGAGCGUCCAGACGGGUAUGACUCUGGGGUUGAGGCUCAGGAUGGCUCCGACAUCGAAGUAUUCGAACUUGGGCUGAAGAUAGAUGUGGAGAGGCAUCUGUGCCCGAUCAAGAAUGUCUUGUGCCAUGAGCAGAUCUUCUCGCCGGUGGCCCUCAACAAACUGAAGGUGUUCUUCCCCCCUCCGUCCGUAUACAGCCUACGUGGUGCAACCCACGUGAUGAGGAGACGCCCAGGGAUGAUUAUGGUGCUUCUGGAUUCCAUCGAGGCUGGGCUGCGCUUCCCUCUUCAUCCGUUCUUCGUGGAAUUCUUCUGUUGUUACCAGAUAGCCCCCGCUCAACUCAUGCCGAAUUCCUAUCGGUGGCUCUCCGCCUUCCUAGUCCGUUGCAAGGACCACGGGGUCACCGCCACUCUGGACUUGUUCCAUUAUUUCUACCGGCUCACCCCCCAAAAUUCUGACGGCUUCCUGAGCAUUGCUGCUCGUCCGAAACGGAGGUUGUUCAGCGGAGCACCGAGCUCCAUCCACGACUGGAAGAAUCGGUUUUUCUUCGUGCGGUACGCGGAUGCUCGUCUGCCGUUGCGUUGGAAUGGCUAUCCGCCCAAGAUUGGAUCUCCGGAGCUGACCAACGAUCUGCAGGAGGACAUCAAAAAGAUCUCGACGGGCGGCAUCCGCCCCUUAGACGACUUCUUAACCUUCGAGGCGCUCGCCGCGGCAGGAAUAGGUACCGCCCAUGCUCUUGGACAUCUCCCCUUCUACGCUCGUCUCGGGGUAUUGGGCGGUCCUCUCCUCCGAGGUGAUUUUUUACUGACGUUCGUCCAUCUAACCCAUUUCCUUUGUCUUUUUCAGGUCUUCCCCCAACCCAGGAGCAGAUGAAUCACGAAAAACUCCUCAAGAAUCGGAAGGGGAAGGGCGCCGCGGCCGACGCUGCCCUUGCCAAGGCCAAAACCGUCCAGGCAGCUGACUCCAACUCUUCCGCCUCCCAGGCCGAUCGUCGCACCGUGGAGGCGGAGCAGCACCUCAUUGCCACGGUGUUGGCACAAGGGUCCCAGGCCCCAGUCCUUGAUUCUGGCGUCCCCGAGGUUGUGGCGCCCCUGCAGGCCGUCCAUCCCCAGGAGGGGGAGAAAGCGGACAAAAAGUCCAAAAGGCCCAGGGGAACUGGUUCUUCGGCCCUUGAAGGGCAAGGGGUGAUCCUCCCCUCUCUCGGACGUCCGGCGCAUGACGUUUGGCAGGAGGUUGCCUCUCUGGCCGGCGUGGAGAUGCCUCCCCGCACGUCUUCGGAAGCCUCCAAUGCGGCCCUGGCCGCCGCUCUUCAGGUCGGGCUCUCCGUUCUGCAGUCUGAGGCUGCCCGAGAUGCCGAGGUCCUCCAGGCGAAGACCAAGGCAGAUGCUGCUCUGAAGAAGGCGAGAGAGGCCGCUCGUCUUCAGGAAAAGGAGCUUGCGGCCAAGGAUAAAGAAUUGCAGGCCGCCCUGAAGGCAGCUCGUGAGUCCUCCGCGAAGCUCGCGGUCCUCGAGAAGGCCGGGUUCAAGCUCGUCCCAGCUCUCCCUGCCCCCAAAGACGAAAACCCUGAAUGGCUCGUCGACGAUUCUGGGUACCACAACUCCGGGGCCUUCAUGAUUGCCGCCCAGAGGUACCUUGGGGGCGCCUUUGGUGAUGUCUUCGCUGCCGAGCUGCAAAAGCAGGCGCCCAAGGACCGCCUCAAAUUCGGGGUCCGAAUCCUGGAGAGUGCGCCCCUGGCCGAGAAGUUCCUGUAUGAUGUCGGGGAUAGCUCCUUCGUCAUUGGCUUCAACGAGGGGGUGAAAGCCACAUUGCCGGUCUUUACCGCUCUUCAGGGCCCCCGAUUUGAUCUGGCCGAGCAUACCUCAGACCCAGAGCUGAUCCGGGCCGUGGGCAAGCUGAGACGGGACGCCCGGCGGGAGGAGGCCAGGGCCAGGGGGGAGGUCCCAGAGCCCCCGUCCCCCGAGCCCGAACCUGAGGAGGAAGAGGAAACCAUCCCUGGGGGAUCCCGGCCCAUUUCUCCAAAUUUUGUGUAGUGUAGCUCGUAGUUUAUUUGUUUUGAUCCUGUACUUAUCCGGCCAGUAGAGCCGAAGAAUAUACAACUCUUUUUUGCCUUAUCAUUGUCUCUACGCUCGUGAACUCUUUUUAUCUCCUUUCUUCGUUGGUAGUUUUUCGUUUUUCCUCGGGGAUGUUCAUGUCCAUAACUUUCCUCGGGAUACGAACGUAUGCCUGAGAGCACCCCACAUAUAUUCCAUCCCCAAAUCCGUUCGUCAGAAGGAAGACGUGCGAAGAUGCGGCAGUUCUUUCGAAUCAGUUGGUGAAGACGCCCGUCUCUUGGCUGUUUGCGUAACCGUCCGUGGGGUCGCUCACGUCCACACUCCAUUCCUGUUCCUCGAUCCAUCGGGGUAUGAGCGUAUGCUUUGGGAGCAUCACAUAUGUAAACCACUCCCCAAGAUGCGCGGGUUGCGGCCGUAACCCCCCGGGCCAGAGUUGGCGAAGACGCUCGUCGGAUGCGUCUGUGCUUAAUGGGGGAGAUCGCCGCUUCCGGAGUAGCGUACCCUUUUGCGCCUGCGCUUAAGCCAGGUACCCGUCUCGGACGUGCGUCUGAUGUGAACAUGGGACCUUCAGGCACACACAUACGUCUUCCUGUGAAUUUGGCUUGCAGGUUCGUCCUCUGUUUGCCCCUUCGGGGGACGUUCGUGGCAUCAAGCCAGAUUAAUUCGCAGUGACUGUGAGGUGAUAACAUCGAGGAGCCUUCAAUACCGCGGUGGGUACCGGUAUCCGGAUGCCACGUGUUCCACCGUGAUUGGCGCAGCCUCGCGGUGCUGCCUAUAAGUACCCAAGGCCUUGUGAAACCUCCAUUUGCUCCAUUUCUCGCUCUUGUGCUGCACAAUCAUUUCCUCUCUCUAGCUUCCUUUGGUAUCGCUUCCGACUUCAGCAUCUGUAGGUACCGAACGUCGUCAUGUCUCUGUCCAUAUCAGGGUCCCAAACUAUUGAUAGGUUUGACGAUGGGUGCUCCUCUGGUGAUGACCUAGAGUUCUAUGAGCGGGGUAUGCCACCGUGGCCCCCCCGUCAUCACCUGAAUUUCUCUUGCGUUCGUCGCCAGCGCCAGCGUCUCUUGAACGCCGAUCGUCGGUUGAUAAGCCAAUGGUUCCUUCCCCCAAGGGGUUACGACGAUCGGAUUCUGCGCAACCCAAUGCGCCAUUUGCCCGGCUACGUGGUGGUCCACUUGGACUCUGUCAUAGCCGGCCUCCUGUUUCCCCUCCACAGCUUCCACAUAGAGCUUUUUAGGGACCUCCGGGUGACACCCGCUCAGUUCGUCCCUGCUGCUUAUAGGAUUAUCGCGUGACCCCCACCGUGGACCUGCUGCAACAUUUCUUCCGGCUAUCUCCUUUCGGACGUACGGGGUAUUUAACCCUGAUCGCGCGUCCGUCCAUGGUCCUGUUUUCUAACAAUGCCGGGAAUCCGGACGGCUGGGAGGAGCGGUUCUUCCUUGCCGAAGUGGGCUCCCCGAUGCCAUUCUCCGAUAGGUGGAACGCCUAUCCGGUGAAGUCCAUCCCGCCGCCCAUGACGGAUGAGGAGCUCGGCUAUGCCAAGCGCAUAGCUGGUCUUGGCGUUCAGAACCUCCGGUCGCUGGUGGCCGAGCCUUUCAAGGCCCGGGCCGGGCUAGGUGCGUCUAUUUGUACUUGCAUUGUCCUGUCAUCUUCUAGUUGUUACGAUUCUGAACGUCUUGAUUUUCUUCCUGCAGGAGUAUUCCCAACUAUAUCAUCCAUGGGGCGCAAUCAUAUUACUUCGCAUGCCCGUGGCCGCGACAACAGGCAUGAGGAUAAGGGCAGGAAGCCGCUCGUCCCCAAAAUUGAGCCUCGGACGAGCAGGAGGCGGUCAGAUGACGCACCAGAGGACGGGGCUUCGAAGAGGCUCCGCAUUGAUGGUACCGCCUCCAAAGCCAUCAUAGUGGCUGAUGACUCCGACGGUGAGCCGGGGAGUCCCCUGAAGCGGAGGCCCUCCUCCCGGAACAAGCCCCCUGUCUCCCCUCCGGCCAAUUCUGAGGUCCGUCGACUUAGGGAUGAAGAUGUCCCUGCUUCCAAGGGUUCUGACGAUGCUCGUCCCCCUUCGCCCCCAGAAACCAACGGGUCCUCCCUUGGCCUUAUCGAAUUCUCGGGGGUUGGCCCUCGUAAGGAAUCGAUGAUGCUCUUCGGCCAGACCGCAUCUUCAAUCUGGUGUGGCCUUAACCUCAAGGUCCCCCAGGAUUUCGCCGCCCAGGAAGCUCCUGAGGAUCUCCUGGAGUGUGGGCAGAGCACUCUUGACAAGGCCGGGUUAUAUUUCCACCGGGCUCGGAUGGCCUUUGAGAGUCAAGGCAGGGAAAUGGCCCGGGUGCGGGCUGAAUGCGACGCCCUUCUGAAGAAUGCCAAAGGCAGGGCUGGGACGCUCCAAGAGAAGGCUGACGCCUAUGAUAAGCUCGUCCAGGAGAACGCUUCCCAGAAGGAACUCCUUCGGAAGCAGGAGGCCGAGCUUGUAGAUCUUCGCAGCCGGCUGUGGGCUGUGGAACAGGCUAAGGUGGGGAUCCGCCGUACGGGUGUGGAUAAUCAUGUCCCCAUCUAUGAAGCCGAUGUUUCGAAGAUCAAGGAGUCUGGUUCCAUCGAGUUCCAGAAGUCCAAAGCCUACACCGGUGCCAUCCAGACCAUGGCCAGGAAAUUCCUUCCGAGGUUCGUCGGCGAGUUCUUGGCCACCUGCCCGGACCCUUAUCUAGAUGGUAUCAAGCUGCUUCAGGCCACCCCCACUGGGGAGCGCUUCCUUGAUGAUCUUGCCGACGAUACUUAUCUCAAGGGUAUGGUCGGCCUUGUGGCAGAGAACCUUCCUGUCUUUGAGCGUCACUUUGGGGCCCCUUUUGAUCCUGCGGCAGCUGGCUUUGAUUCCCUGAUGGUGGACGCCCAUAAGGGGGCCCUUGAACUGCUGAGGGAGCGUAAGGAGCGCGAAGAAGCUGAGGCCAGGGAAAAAACCAGGCAGGUCCCCUUUUCGGCCCCAACUCCUGACGCCGGCCAAACUUAACUCUCCGCUCAUAGUCUGUACUUCACAAUUAUUUACACUGUAAUUUUCAUUACACAUUGUACUUUCCGGUCAUCAGUGCCGAAGAAUAAAAAUCAUUAUUUGCUCCAUGUCUCCGUAUCUCUCUUUUUUUUUUUUUUUUUUUUUUUUUUUUUUUUUUUUUUUUUUUUUUUUUUUUUUUUUUUUUUUUUUUUUUUUUUUUUUUUUUUUUUUUUUUUUUUUUUUUUUGGAGUCUUUUCAUCAGUCUUUGUCCUUCUCUAGCUUCGUGGGUAC